GUAUGAAUGACUGAAUAUAGUUUUGAUUAUCUAUACAAUAUGAAUGACUGAAUGUAGGCUUUAUCAUCUAUACAGUAUGAAUGGGUGAAUAUAGGGUUUAUCUAUACAGUAUGCAUGACUGAAUAUAUGGUUUAUCAUCUAUACAGGAUGAAUGACUGAAUGUAGGGUUUGUCUUUUCACAUGAUGAUAUUCCAAUCUCUGACUGAAACACUGUUUGCCUCAUCUUGAAUAUAUCUUAUACACACUAGUCCUGUGUAGGACCAGCCGUAACAAUACUCAUGGGGAAUCCAAGCUGCGUAGAACAAACCAAAUCCGUGCGCAAGGCUUGGGUAAAUGGUGCGCACGGUUUCAGAAUCCUAGGGAACGGUUUACAAAUCUGUGCUCACAGAUUUACACAUGAAGGUAUUUUUUUUACCAUGUGACCCCAGGGGGAAUCUGUACAAAUGUGUUUACUCAGUUGAGACACAAUCUGUUACAACACUGCCACCUAUUAUCAAUUCCUGGUAAUUCAUACAUUCAGUGUUCACAAACAACAAGUAGAUUAGAUUUAGAGUUGACUAUAGAAUAUACACAAAAACACACUUUAACCUAACAAUAAUAUGAAUCCAGAAAAAUAAACUUAGAUUAGGUACUUAAUGAAUAAGACAAUUAAUAAAUCUAAAUGAAUUAAAUCCUACAACCAUUAGCAAAUCUUUCAAUGAUUGAAAAAAUUAACUAACUGAUUACCAAUAUUGAGACUAAUAAUUUCGGCUACUAUCGUUCUCUAGAUCUUAUCAAUUCACUCUAGUUUUACGUUUAAAAUGCUAUCAACCAAUAAGUAGACGAGUGUCUGUAAGAUUGUCCUUCAAUUUUCUCGACAAUCAGCCUAUUCUGAAUGGGCACUGUUUGAACAGGCAUCGCACUCGCACUGCUACAUGUGAUAUAUAAGCCUACAAGGUCUUUUCACAACAGACGUACCCGCAGACGUAACUGUUCCUCAGCAUAGUUAUUUUUAGGUAUCAUUGCGUAAACUAUACUAUUCCUGGGAUAUUGGAUAGGGGGUCAUUAUCUAUCCAGGGUCAGAAAUUUUAAUUUGGCAGAGCUAUAGAGAAUGUCAUUACUUAAAUUUGUUACUAGAAGUACCAUAGAAGAGCUUAGAUUUGUAUCAUUCAACAUUUUAGGAAAGAUAUUAAUUCAUGCAAAUUAUACCUCACAUUAUAGGGUGGAAAGAAUGAUACUCAUCUUCCCUUUUCUCGAACCAUAUUCGGUCAUAUUCCCUUUUCUCGAAUUUCAGAUUAUGAUUGUAGAUUAUAGUCAAAACAGAAUGACCUAGAAACUACUUUGAAAUGUAUCUUUGCAACCCAGAAACACAAUAAUACAAUGUUUUAUGUGCCUAAAUCCAUACCGGCUCCUUAAUGGCAUGUACAGUAUCUCAAAUAGAUUGCAAAUCACUGUGGACAGAAAUGUCUGUCAAAUGAUGAAAUAAUAGAUAUACAGUCGUUCAUUGAGGCACUCUAAUGGAUUUGAUGUUUCAUGAUGGAUGGGCGAUAUGCAGCGGUCUACUGGAUGGUUCUCUUUAUAGUAAUUUAGGGACAUAGUGUGUGUUUGAUACCUUAUGCAUACAAACGUGUCUACAUACGUGUUUCAGUGCACCACAGUCUACAGCAGGAUCCGUUGAGACCUGUUCAACAAGCUUGAACCAUUCAUAUAACCUCAACGUAACCAACAGCAAAGACUAAACAAAAGACAUGUUGACAACAGUCAUUCAUCAUUUGUCUCUCAUGGGUUUGAAUGAUAUGCUGCUUUAGGAAUUCAACAUAAAGAUGAUGUUGAUGGGAAUGCAUUUUUAUACAUAAAACCAUCAGAGGUAGUGUUAUUCGUUUUUAGUACAACAGCAAUGGUUUAUCUUUUAAGCAGAAAAGGUCAAUCUGAAAAUAGAACAAUCAAGAAAUGUGUCGUGUGUGUGGGAGGGCCCUGAUGUGGGCGUGUUCCCAUGUGUAUUGUUGUCCAUUAUCGAAACACACAUGGAUCAAGAUAGAGCAGGAAUCCACCCUGGCUUCAUUUUUAAUUAACAGGCGGCUAGAAUAACUGAGAGACAAAUCCAUUUUUAGAAAGACGUCCACAGAGGAACAUCAUUGGCGAUUCAUUGGGUGUCAAGCAACUAUGUUUCGAGACAACCUAUUGUUUUUAUUAUAAUUUUUUUUAAAUAUGUUUUAAUGUUGAAAACUGGGGGAAUAGAACAACAAUCGGACAGUGCAGGCCUGCAAUGCAGCAAGCCAAGCCAGCCAUCCCCAUCGACCCGAAUGACCAGCCUUUCCCCCCCGCCAAACACGUCUACGAGGACUUAGACUCCGGUCACAUUGUGAGCUGCCACAGUGAUGUUUUGAGAGAAUUGAAAAGGAGGGCACAAUGGCGUAGAGAAGUGGAAGAAAAUGUCGACAGAGUGCCUCUUCCUCCCCCUCCUCCUCUCCCCCCUCCUCCUUCCCCAAGGCCGAGACCACGGCUCCAUCUCCCCCCUCCUCCUUCCCCGAGGCCACGACCAAGGCUCCCGCCCCCUCCACCUUCAAAGCCGCUAAAUGUGAGGAGACUUCCUCACCAGACAUCAGCACCUGGUCUCCAGAACCCUGCCCCUGUGUAUGAAGAGAGGAAGGUCCCUCCUCCUCCUCCUCCCAAGACCUAUACGUACGCCAGUUUGCCCAAUCUUGCUGCUGGCUCUUCCUUAUUUCGCCCCCAGGCGUACACUCCGAAAGAUCUUCUGGCCAAUGAGUGGCCACGGCCAGACAUCACAACAGGAGGUCCUCGACGAACUGCCCCUCCUCGUCCUCCUCCGACGGUCAAGAGGCCAUCACUGAACUCCUCCCCAAGCUCCUCCUACGUCUCCUCAUCUCUUUGUCCGUCCUCCUGCUCCUACUCCUCCCUGUACUCCUCCUCAGGCUACGGCGAGGAACCUGUCUACGAGGAGGUAGAGGAACCCGUUUACCUUCAACUCCUGCCCGACAGGAACAGGCGCUACACAUACUUAGACGAUCUUUUAGAAGACUGGAAGAAUGUCGAUGUCUGUGAUAACAUGUCUCUUGGUCUCUAUGGCGUUGGUAGAGGUGACCAAACCAGAGCUGUCAUCCAAAAGGCCAUGGCAGUGACGAGGGCCCUCAAACACUUCAAGUCCCUCCUGGACUCCCUCCAAAAACGCGUCUCAGAGCUCACCGCCUUCUGCGACCGCCUUGACAAGAAGCAGAAGAAGAACAAGGCCAUGGGCAUCGCCGGGAGCACCACUAGCGCCGUGGGAGGGGUGGUGGCCGUGGUGGGCGUGGCCCUCGCUCCCGCCACCAUGGGCAUUUCCCUGGUCGUCACGGCGAUUGGCGCGGGCAUGGUGGCGACGGCCAGCGGGAUCGGGGCCCGCGCCGCCAUCGCCGACGAGAAGAAAGCGGCAGGAAGAACGAGGUUCGAGGGCGUCGUGCACGACUACACGAACGACGUUGUUGACAUGGAACGCUGCUCGCUGUUCAUCCACGACUGGAUGGACAAGCUGAGGAGGGAUGAGUGCAAAGUGCUCUGGGGACCGGAUGUCCGGCCAGAGGCACUGAGGAUUGCCGAACUAUCUCAGUUUAUGCUUGAGAAUGACAUGUUGAGUGCGUCAGGGAUGUCCACCGCGUCCAAAGGUCGGAUUUCGUCUGUAAAUCUGCUCCAGGCCUUUUCCGGAGAGUUGGAUUUGUAUUUCACCGAGAAGAAUGGUCAGAAGUUGAAAAAGUCAAAUGAGAUGAAGUUUGCAAGCAGAGUUCGACAUUUGGCAGAGAAUCUGCAGGAAGUGCUUGAUGAACUGUAUCUAAUGUGGGAAAAGAUUAGUGGUUAGUACGCCUGGCUUCCGUCCAUUCGAUCAUCCAUACUAGAAUCAUGGAUCAACUGAGCCCAUCGUCACGUCCGCAGAACCAGCUUGAGAUGACAUGUGCUUUGUAACAUCAUGGCAUAAGCAGCAUGUUUCUCGGGAAAAACUUUAGAGAUGCUGCUGAGAUACCAAAAGCACACCGUCUAGCAGUUAAACUAAUUUAUAUCUGUCUACUACUCUUAUGUGUAUGGACACAUUUUCUGUGUAUCAUUAUUUGCAUUAUUUGUGUAUCAUGUUUAUUUAUCAUGUUCAUCUUUUUUUAAUUAUUAAGUCAUAUAUCCUACCCAUCGGAGCAACAACUGACCAUGUCUGUAUUAUUUCAUGCAUUGUGACUGCCACAUUAUUUUGAAAUAAAUGGCAGAAACUUAAAUGUCAUACAUUGUAAUAUGAGCGACAAUGUAAGUAGGCUAAUUAAUUCCAGUAAUGUAUGUUUUGAGACUUUUUUUAGGGAGGUUUCCCUAAACACACACACAAACACACACACACACACACACACACACACACACACACACACACACACACACACACACACACACACACACACACACACACACACACAC